AUGAAAUAUCCAUCUCUAGUUUCUGAAACUGAUUCUCCAUCGACCAUUAGAUCAGAAUUGAACUAUGAUGUAGAAAGUUCUGAAAUUGAUCCAUUUUAUUUUGAAGAACCGUGGCAAGGUAAUAGUGAUGUGAAUAGUAAUGCAGAUGAAGAAACGUGGCAAGACAAUAGUGAUGUGAAUAGUAAUGCAGAUGAAGAAAC